AUGAGCAAGGCGUCGAACAAGCGUCUGGCCAAGGAGUCGCAGAUGAUCGCAAAGGACCCGCCGCCGUUCAUCUUUGCGCGCCCGCGCGAGGACAACAUCCUCGAGUGGCACUACAUCCUGCGCGGCCCGCCCGAGACGCCCUUUGCUGGCGGCGAGUACUGGGGCCAGGUUAUCUUCCCGGCCGACUAUCCCUUCAAGCCGCCGGGCAUCAAGAUGUCGACGCCGAGCGGCCGCUUCAAGCCUGACACCAAGAUCUGCAUGAGCAUGUCUGACUUCCACCCCGGCUCGUGGAACCCUGCCUGGAGCGUGGCCACCAUCCUCACUGGUCUGCUCUCGUUCAUGGUCUCCGAGUCGCCCGACGAGGCAGUCACUACUGGCAGCAUCAACGCCUCCACCGCCGACCGCAAGGCCCUGGCCAUUCGCUCGCACGCCUUCAACGCUGCGAACAAGAAGUUUGCCUCCGUCUUUCCCGAGUACGCAGAGGCGGAGAUGCGUGAGCUGCCGAACAUGGGCGAGGGUACGAAGAGCGAGGCAAAGUCUCGAACAGUGAACGGCGCCGCUCGGCCGACUGCGCCUGGCGCAGCACCAAUACGAGUGCUGCCGCCGCCGGCAGCCCGAGGCGCAGCGGCACCGCAGAUGGGCGGCGCCAACGGUCUGCAGGGCGCCAUGGCGACGGGCCGCGGCAUGGGCUUCAUCCUCCUCCUCUUGCUGCUCGCCGGACUGUUUUUGGCCAGGCUGCUCGCCUGAGCGCCUCGACAUGGGAAGCUGCGGCGCGCCACUCUUUCUCUUCUCUCGCAACGGCAACAGUCCGCGCCCCCACCACUCUCUCGACACACGCGCAUCCCCACUCCCUUCGCCUCGGUGUUCUUCUGCGUUUCCUUCUAAUGUCACCUGAUAUCUCGCGAG